CGAUUCCCCAGCUAUGCUAUGAAUAGAGUGAAGGUGGUUGGGGCAAUUGGCAUGCACAGUUGGAGCGCGCCCACUCCAUGAGCAUGACCCCCUCCUCCAACCCCCUCCUCUAGAUAGAAAGCCGCUGCUCCCCGUCCGGACGACGAGCCUGGCUGGUGGAUGAUCGGCCGGACAUGGACGCGCUCCUCCUCCUCUUCCUGCUCAAAAUGGAGGCUUUCCACAUACAAUUCUUCCCAAGCCCCUGAAUCUUCACACGCUAGCUAGGUUGGUAGAUUGCUGCUGGUGGAUAGGUACGUCCGUUUUGUAGGCAUUAGGCGGCAGCAGGCAGGUGCUGUGUUGUUGUCGUGGUACAGAUCACGUGGUGGUGGAUGGGCCUCAUGGCCGGGAUGCUCCCUGGCGUCGAGUUCGCGAGGAGGCGACGGCUCCGGCCGGCGGCGGAGGCCCCGUGCGCCGGCGCGCGGAGGCCGUCGUCGCUCGGCAUGUUCGGGCACGACCACGCGCACCUCGGCUCGGCAGGUUUUGCGAAGGUAAUAACAACUAGUAGAAGCUGGACGCAGCUGGACGGCAUCGCCCGGGAGGCCAAGGAGAGGCUGGAUCACAGGCUCAGGAGCCAGAGAGAAUCUGUGGUCAAGAGGCGCCACAGCACGGGAAGCCUCCGGCUCCCGGCCCCGUCGAGCACCACCAGCGACCACCCAUCGAAGGACACGGCAGGGGCGGCGAGCGCGCUGCAGCGGGAGGUGUUCACGAAGAGAGGCGGCGGCCGGCGGUUCAGCUGGGGCCGGAGGAAGGAGCAGCAGCAGCACCAGGAGCAAGCGGAGUGCGCGGUGUGCCUGGAGGAGUUCCGGGGCGGGGACGUGCUGGCGCACCUCCCCUGCGCGCAUCGCUUCCACUGGGCAUGCGCCGUGCCUUGGGUCCAGGCCGCCUCCCGCUGCCCCUUCUGCCGCGCCACCGUCCGCCUCGCCGACCACCAGCUUGUCUAGUGUGCGUUCGUGUCUGCCCGGCCGGCGCGGCCGCGUGCGCAGGGCCGGCGGACCAGCUGAUCAUGGCGCGUCGGUGGAGCCGCGUGGCACAGUAGCAGACACCUGCGCAUGCAUGGGAUGCCUUGUGUCGUGGCCGCCCCCCGCCGGCAAGUUGCAGCGCGUGGGGCAGCAGCGCACUGCUGUUGCUGCUGCGGGUCGCCGGUGUCGCCUGCGAACCAAGCGUGUGGUGGUGUGCGGGGAGACGUGUCCGGCCAUGUCAUCGACGCCGGGAGUUGCUCGCUCGGUGGACCGCAUCUGGCCGUUGAUUUUUUUUUUCUUUGCUGCCUUUUUUUUUAGGAUCUUGUUGCUGCUUUCUUUGUGAGCGUUGGGCAAUUUACCACCAAGUUGCGGUUUGCUGUGUGCUGAUAUCUACUCCAUCAUUUCCAAAAUAUAAGACGCGUUUGACUUUA